AAAAAAACCAAAAAUCAACGAGAUCAUCAUCAAUUCAGUCAUAUAAGCACAACACAGCAGAAGCAGUAGCGUCGACACGUUUCUGUUGCCGACAGGAAAAAGUCAACACCUUAUAAGAUGGCAAACGUAAACUUCUACGAGCUGCUCAAUGUACCGACAACGGCAACUUUUGAAGAGCUUAAGCGCAAUUAUAAGCAAUUAAUUCUACAAUGCCAUCCAGAUAAAAUUCAACAACAAAAACAGAGUGAAGAGAGCAAUGUAGGAACUGUAACUGUAAAUGCCAAUGAGAACGACCCAAAUCGAGAGAGUGACAACAGCAAUUUUAAUGCGAUAAACAAGGCCUGGAAUACACUAAAAGAUCCCAUAAAGCGUAAACUCUAUGAUGCCGAAUUAUUGCAGACCAAAUUUCAAACGCACAUCAACAUUUAUGCCACAAUCGCAUUAAGCGACAUGCAGCGCGUACAAGUUAUGGAAGACGAGGAGGAGGAAAGGGCUGAAACGAACAAAUCAGACAAAGAGACGGCAACUCUGAGCUUUGCCUAUGCGUACAAUUGUCGCUGCGGCGGUCAAUAUGUGCUUGAUGAUGAGUCAGCGCAACAACAACAACAACAAGUACGAGAGGGAGAGAGUGAGCAUCUGAAAGCAAGUGAAAUGAUUGUUGAGUGCAGUGAAUGUUCUUUGAUGAUUAUUGUUAAACCAGUUGCGAAUAAACAAUAUACAGCAGAUAUGACUAUAAAUGUGUAAUAAAAGAUGACUAGCAAUCACUAUAUACCGUU